GCAUGCUCAGCUGCAGCUGUUUUGUUUAUUUGGCUCCUCGCGACAGCUGUGCGUGCCUGACUGGCGUUCCGGGGGCUUUAAAACGUCUUUAAAACCCCGUCUGGGCUCACAAUGUCGGUUAAACACGCUAUUAGCCGAGGGCUGGAGUUGGGCCGGUCAAUUUUUCAGUUGGGGGUCCUUAAAGCAGGUGGUCGAGUCGCAGCGAAGCUCCGAGCCGACCGAGUUCGUGCAGGCCCGUCCUUCCGGACCGCUCAGCCUCAGGCUUUCCUGCCACUCCGAUACCGGUAUUACCGCACCUCUCUGAGGGGUCUGGCGGCUCAGCUCCAGUCGGCUGGCUUCGUUAGGAGGUUUGCUGGAUGUUCGCCCCGGAAUAGAGCUGUUUUUCUGGCUUUUGGUCUCGGUGUGGGAUUAAUCGAGAAGCAGAUUGAGGACGACAGGCUGAGUUUGGCAACAUGCGAUGAGAUUAAGGCCGUGUUCAGACAGAAGAAGUUCCAGAGUCCUCCCAAGCCCUUCACCUACGGAUACAAACUGGAGGAUUAUAUUGUAGGAAACCAGAUUGGGAAAGGAUCCAACGCAGCUGUGUAUGAAGCUGCUCCUCAGUUUUUCUGCUCAAAGAAGAGCGAUGGUGAGCCCGCCACUGUGCAGAUACGAGACAGUGAGGACGAAGAGGGAAAUCCCGCCACCCCAUCACUGACCUGCUGCUCUCUGAGAAACUUCCCGCUGGCAAUCAAGAUGCUGUGGAACUUUGGGGCGGGGUCAUCGAACGAGGCGAUCUUUAGGACGAUGUCACACGAGCUGGUUCCCACAGACCCUCUGGCUCUGACGCCAGAAAAACAGCAGCUCACUUUAGACGGAAACUUUGGAGUCCUGCCCAGACGAGUAUCCGCUCACCCCAACGUGAUCAGAGUGUAUCGGGCGUUCACAGCAGACGUCCCGCUGCUGCCAGGCGCUCAGGACGAGUAUCCAGACGUGCUUCCUGCCAGACUCAACCCCAGCGGCCUGGGCAACAAUCGCACUUUGUUUUUGGUGAUGAAAAACUACCCCUACUCGCUCCGUCAGUACCUGCAAGUGUGCACGCCGAGCCGCAAGCAGAGAUCUCUGAUGGUGCUGCAGCUCCUGGAGGGUGUGGACCAUCUGUGCAAGCAGGGCGUUGCUCACAGGGAUCUCAAAUCAGACAACGUGCUGCUGGAGUUUGACUCAGAUGGUUGCCCCCGUUUGGUGAUCACUGACUUCGGCUGCUGUCUGGCUGAGAGCGAGCCGAGGCUGCAGCUGCCGUUCAACAGCAUGUGGGUCGACAGAGGGGGCAAUGCCUCCCUUAUGGCCCCUGAGGUGGCCUCUGCAGUCCCUGGACGUGGAGUUGUGAUUGACUACAGCAAGGCUGACGCGUGGGCUGUGGGCGCCAUUUCCUAUGAGAUUUUUGGUGAGCCAAACCCAUUCUACCAAGCCGUGGGGCUGCACAGCAUCAACUACCAGGAGAAGCAGCUCCCGGUCCUGCAUUCCAGCGCCCCAGCUGAUGUGCAGUUGGUGAUCCGAUUACUCCUCAGAAGGAGUCCUACAAAGCGUCCCAGCGCUCGCGUAGCAGCAAACAUGCUCCACCUCACCCUCUGGGGUCAGAAGGUUCUGGAGAAACAGGACAGUGCCGGCAUGAGAAAGCUGGCUGAUUGGUUGCUGUGCCAGUCUGCUGUGGUUCUCCUGAAGGGCUGCAGUGGACCUGCUGGGAACAGGGUGGAGGCGGAGCUUCAGAGGAGCUUCCUGUGUAACCUGGAGCUCGAGGAGCUGCGCACCGCGGUGGGCUUCCUGCUCUACGGACGAAACCAGCACACGGCCCGCAUCCCGUCUGCUUAGAUGUCUUUAGAUCCACAAUCAGAGCCUAGCAGUUAUCUGCAAUGGUUUCUCUGUGGUUAGCCACAGGUUCAGCCACUUUAUUGUUGUUGGGAGGUUUUAUAUGCAGCACUUUAAGUUGAAUAAAGCUGAUAUACUGAAGAAUACUUCUCUAAAGCUACAGGUGAUGCACGUUCAAGAGCACCCUAAACAUGUAUUCUGGAACGUGUUUUGUUCAUAUAUUGGAAAAAGCUUCUUCUGUCUUUUACUACUGUUUACUAGAACAUGUCUGCCACAGCUUUAUUCUGAUAGAAGACUUGAUGUGCAAUUAUUGAUUUGAUCUGUGUGAUCAAUAUUCAUACAGUUGGUACUUCCCUGAAUGAACAGAGGCACCAUCCAUAAAUCACUACUAAAUUUGGGUCCCUGAUUGGUCAAAGUUUGACCUGGUUCAACGUUCACCUGUGCAGUAGAUUCCCUUCAAUGCACUUUGACAAAUGUUGCACUGUUUUUUUCUGCUGUGUAGAAUCAUAAAAGUUCACAUUUAUUAAUCAGCUGCCUAUCAGUGAGGGUAUCAGGUUGCAGUCCCUGCGUGUCUCCUGCAUGUUUAGUGAGAGAUGUGACUUUGUUCCCGUUUGG